AGACUGCUAAUGCGUAGUGCCGAGUCCCACAGACAAGAUGCUAUGGGAUUAGCAAAGAAAAAUAGUCCAGUAGAUAUGCGUGUAUCUCCCUGGUCACCCGCUGCAAACAUUUUUUUUUUUAUUCAACCCACUGAGAUGCUGUUUAUUUCCUCUCUGAGCGAUGUUUGGAGACUUUUAAAAGGUGGAGAUAAACCUGAGCUGUCCUGUUAGCGACUCGACGACACAACAGGCUGCUCUCUCUCUCUCUUCACGGAACACGGUGUGCUCCUUGUUUCUGAACAGCCCGGCGGGUCAACGAAGACUUCACCGGCGAUCUUCAGACACUACAGUCGUUUUUUAAUUUUUUUGCGUCUUCUUCCACGCUGGGCUUGGGUUGUGAAAUCCCCCCCACACACACACACCCCUCCCACCCCCCUGACCGUGGGGAUGCAGUGGCAUUAGCUUCCUACUAGCCCACCAGCUAACUCAGCCUUCCUUGUCUAUAAAUAAACAUCCAGCUCCUCUGGAAGCGCCAGCGCAAAGUCCAGGCUUCGCAUUUUCUACUUCACUUUGAUCGGCGUUUGAAUCUCUACAUGGUCGCUACAGUGGAUUUAAGGCGACUUGAAGAGCGAGUCGGACCCCGAGGUUGGGAACCGAGGUGGCUUGAUCUGACACAUCAGACCGGCUGGAGGGCUCCAGGUCCCGAAUCAAACCAAAUCCGACUGUGGCUGAUCGGUGGCCGGAUAUCUUUUCAUCCUAAUGUGCUGUCAACAGUAGUAAUAUAACAAACCUUGGCCCAAGCCCGGGGUUUGCAUAACUUUGUGAAGUUCCGAGACAGACACCUUGUUUCCACUUUGUGAGUCCUGCAGAGACAGCCAGGUAAACAACAACAACAACACCAUGUCGGAGGAUAACAACGCAGACAAGUUCAUCAAGGAGACAUCCAUUCUCGAUGAGUACAACAUAAACUGGACUCAGAAGUUGGGAGCUGGCAUCAGUGGACCUGUCAGAGUUUGUGUGAAGAAGUCAUCUCAGGAACGCCUUGCCCUGAAGAUCCUCAUCGAUCGCCCCAAAGCAAGAAAUGAGGUGCGUCUCCAUAUGAUGUGUGCCGACCAUCCGAACAUCGUGCAGAUCCUUGAGGUUUACGCCAAUAGUGUCCAGUUCCCGCACGAGUCCAGUCCGAGAGCGAGACUCCUUAUCGUAAUGGAGAUGAUGGAGGGCGGUGAGCUGUUCCACAGAAUCAGUCAGCACAGGCACUUUACUGAAAAGAUGGCCAGCCAGGUCACUAAACAGAUCAGUCAAGCCUUGGAACAUUGUCACUCUCUAAAUAUUGCACAUCGUGACCUGAAGCCAGAGAACCUGCUCUUUAAGGAUAACUCUCUGGAUGCACCUGUGAAGUUGUGUGACUUUGGCUUUGCCAAAAUUGAUCAAGGAGACUUGAUGACCCCUCAGUUCACUCCCUACUACGUAGCACCUCAGGUACUUGAGGCUCAAAGAAGACACCAGAAAGAAAAGUCUGGAAUUAUACCUACCUCACCCACUCCUUACACCUAUAACAAGAGCUGUGACUUGUGGUCUCUCGGCGUGAUAAUCUACGUGAUGCUGUGUGGUUAUCCUCCGUUCUACUCCAAACACCACAGUCGCACUAUCCCGAAAGACAUGAGGAAGAAGAUUAUGACGGGCAGCUUUGACUUCCCUGAAGAUGAGUGGAGUCAGAUCUCCGAGAUGGCCAAGGACAUUGUACGCAAGCUGCUGAAAGUAAAACCAGAGGAGAGACUGACUAUUGAAGGAGUCUUGGCUCACCCUUGGCUCAACUGCACUGAAGCCCUUGACAACGUGCUGCCCUCUGCCCAAAUGAUGAUGGACAAGGCGGUAGUUGCAGGUAUCCAGCAGGCUCACGCAGAGCAGUUAGCCAACAUGAGAAUUCAAGAUCUGAACGUCAGCCUGAAGCCCCUGAACUCUGUCAACAAUCCAAUCCUCAGGAAGAGGAAACUACUUGGCCCCAAGCCCAGUGAUGGUUUCUUCAUUCACGACCCAGAGAACGGAGGGGAAGACUCCAAUGUGGCGCUGGAAAAGUUACGAGAUGUCAUUGCACAGUGUAUUCUACCACAAGCUGGUGAGAACGAGGACGAGAAGCUGAAUGAGGUGAUGUAUGAAGCGUGGAGGUUCAACAGAGACUGUAAACUGCUAAGAGACGGCCUGCAGGGGCUCAGCUGGGACGGACGAUCGUUCUCAGACAGAGUCGACCGCCUGAAGUUGGCUGAAAUAGUGAAACAGGCCAUCGAAGAGAAGACGAAUCUGGAAGAAUCGCAUUAGCAAACGCUGUCUUUCUAUCCUCUUUUUAUAUUGUUUAUUAUGACCCUUUUUAACCCACAUCUGUAAAGAGGCUUUUUUACGUGAAAAGAUGCGCAAAUGUUUUUUUUUCUUUCUUUUUCAUGAACUCACUUGCAAAUACCUAUUGUACAGCUGUAGAAAUAUUUCAAAGAGGACUUGCUUGUACUCGAUUUUUUUAUUGGACACUUGCAAAGAACAUUGAAGAAAAAAGUAUAUUUUCAUUUUUGCAACCAAAACAAAAGAGAGAGAAAAGAAAAGAAGACGUUAGUUCUAGACGUUAUUUUCCAGGAGGGCGGUUUUAUUAGCUCCUUGUCCUGGACAUCAAGUUUUUUAUCCCAGUAAAUUCAUUUUAUUGUAUUUUCUUUUCUUUCAAACAUCCUCAGAGUUUUAUUUAUUUAAACAAAGACUUUCAUUAUUUUAUACCUUGCUUGUAGCCUGGCAGUGGGCUCAAGAGAAGCUGACUGCAAUGCGAUUUAGUUCUUCCACACAAACUCUGAAUCUCAGACUGACUUUAAAUAAUAUAAAUCUUUGUUUUGUGUAACUUUCCCUUGACCUUUUUGUUUUGUAAAGGUCAAGGAAGAGUGGAAAUGGAGAAAAGAAAGUGUCCUGAAAUAGACUAAUUAAACAGCAGAUUCUUUCUGUUAUGAACUCCUUUUUUAAAGAGGCUUCAUAAAUAAGACUGAAAAGGCGUUAAACAAUG